AUGUCUUACCAGAUGCACGGAGAAAAUGGACACACAGCUCUACACCACUCGAGACAAAGCAGAACGACCAGAUCCCUCGAAUCGAUCGCAAACAUGAGUGGCUCGAUGUCCGAUGAUCUGGGCAAUACCUUGGACCGUGAAUUCAUCGAGAAGGUUGUAGUCAAGAUGAUUAGUGACAAGGUCGUUGCGAAGAACGAGGGCGAUUUCUGGGCAAUGGCCGCCGAGGAAGCGAGAUCGAAGUACAACUGUACACGCAGUGCCAACGCAGCUCGACGCRUCUACCGCGACGCUCAGAGCAACAACAAGGAGCUUCCCAACGAGACAGAGUACAUCAAGCGCAUGGUGCGUCAGGCCGAGGCGCAGGAUGUUGAGGCCAAGAGAGAUGAGGCGGAGAAGCAGAAGCCUCCGGCGUUAUAUCGCGAGGCGCACAAGACCUACGCCGAUCCAGCCCAUCAGAGGCUCCAGCAGAUGGCCGGUGCUGCUCUGGCCGAGAUCGAGCGUCGCGAGAGCGAGGCGAAGUCUAACGCCGGAACUGGAGGCGACAAAUAG